AUGAAUCUCAUUCCAAGAGCCCUUAACUCGGCCAAGAUAUGCUUUCAACGAAUUCCUACUCGUUCAUUUACCACACAAUUUGCUUUAUUGCAAAAUCAGCAAAAGCAAACGAUUAGUUCCAAACUACCAGACUUACAGCCUUUGAAGUUCGAAAAAGACUUGUAUGCCACAAUUAGGAUUCACAACAGACCAUACCUGAUAACCGAGGGAGAUAAGAUAAUUCUACCUUUUCGGUUGAAGAACGCUGAAGUUGGAGAUGUUUUGAACUUUGAUGAUGUCACCACUAUUGGCUCCAGAAACUUCACCUACUCUGACACCCCCAUAGACUCUUCACUGUACUCCAUCAAAGCUACAGUCAUUGAAAAAACAAAGAAACCAAUGUACACCAAAGAGAUUACAAAAAGAAGACAGCGUCAUGUGCGCCACGUUAAUGUUAAGCAUGACCUUACUGUCCUCCGGGUUUCUGAAUUAAAAUUGAGCUGA